CUGAGCUGCAGCUUCACGGAGGAGGAGUUGUUUACUGAGAACGGCGGACCUGAAGGAGGACAGGGAGGACAGAGAGCCUGUCCACAUACCGCGGACACGCAGAAAGACAGACUUUGUCAGACUUUGAGGAAGGGGGGUCCGAGGUCACAGCUCCAUGUGGUCUGAUAGAAGAUGAGAGAACAUGACUUUGGACAGAGCGAGCCGGGGUCUCUACAACCCUCCUGCAGCACUCUGCCGGGGUCAGAGGUCACACUGCACCAGGACGUCAAGGUCAAGGGUGCGCUGGGUGUGUGUGACGACAGAUCAGCUAGUUUCCGUGGUAAAGAGCUGGAGGAGGGCGGAGCUGAAGACAAAAACCAGAGCAAAGCAGGUGGAGAGAAUGACAGGUGUGAUCAUCCUGUCGACAGCGCAGGUCUUUUCUCCUUCAUGACGUUUCACUGGCUGACUCCUCUCGCUGUGCACGCUCGCAAGAAAGGGCAGCUCCUAUUGGACGACAUUUGGCCCGUGUCACACAGGGAGGGUUGCCACGACAACAGCCUCAGGUUGGCGUCUCUGUGGGAGGAGGAGCAGAGGUCAAAGGGCAGUGAGGCAUCUCUGUGUUCGGUUGUUUGGUCUUUCUGUCGGACUCGUCUCCUCCUCUCCAUCCUCUGUCUGACCGUCACACAGCUGGCUGGAUUCAGUGGGCCAGCGUUCGUGGUGAAGCGUCUGCUGGAGUACACCCAGCAGGAGGAGCCAGACCUGGGCUACGGUCUGUUGCUGGUGCUGGGUCUCCUCACCACGGAGCUUAUACGGUCCUGGUCCCUGGCUCUGACCUGGGCCCUGAACUACAGAACCGGAUCCAGGCUGAGAGGGGCCAUCCUCAGCCUGGCCUUCAGCAAGAUCCUCCGCCUCCGCAGCGUCAGGGACAAGUCCAUGGGACAGUUGGUGAACAUGUGUUCCAGUGAUGGUCAGAGGAUGUUUGAAGCAGCAGCAGUGGGCAGUCUCUUGGCAGGAGGCCCCCUUGUGGCCGUCCUUGGUGUGGCCUACAACCUGUUCAUACUGGGACCAACUUCUCUACUGGGAUCAGCUGUCUUCAUCCUUUUCUACCCCACUAUGAUGUUCAGCUCCAGACUGACUGCGUACUUCAGGAGGAAGGGCGUGGCCGUGACCGACCGACGAGUCCAGAAGAUGAACGAGAUUCUCAGCUGCAUCAAGUUCAUCAAGAUGUACGCCUGGGUCAAAGCCUUCUCCCAGGACGUCCGCCGUAUCCGUGAGGAGGAGCGCAGGAUUCUCGAACUCACGGGUUACUUUCAGAGCAUCACAGUGGGCGUGGCUCCCAUUGUGGUGGUCAUCGCCAGUGUUGUAACCUUCUCCACCCAUAUGUUGCUAGGAUACGACCUGACAGCCGCUCAGGCCUUCACUGUGGUGACAGUGUUUAACGCCAUGACCUUUGCCCUGAAGGUCACUCCGUUUUCUGUCAAGUCUCUGUCUGAAGCGUCAGUUGCCGUGGAGAGAUUCAAGAGUCUCUUCCUGUUGCCAGAGGUUGAGAGUGUCCGACCGUUACCUGGUGAUCCUCAGGUUGCUGUGGAGAUGUGUGGGGCCAGUCUGGCGUGGGAGGCGGGCGGGCAGAGUGCUCAGCCCAGUCCGUGUGUCCGAACAGCUGGCAGACUCCGAUACAGGGACAGGUGCAGAGGCAGAGGUCCUGUUCUCCAGGAGGAGGAGGACGAGGAGCAGGAGGAGGUGACUGGCUCCCUGCUGAGAGGAGGAGGAGGAGGAGGAGAUGUGGCCUCAAGCCCAGAGGAAGAGGAGGAGAUAUGUCCUCCCCUCCUAUCUGUCCCUCCUGUCUCACCACGCCUUCAGAGCACCCUGCAAUGCAUCAACCUGAGUGUCCAACAGGGGAAGCUGGUCGGUGUGUGCGGCAGUGUCGGCAGUGGGAAAACCUCCCUGAUCUCUGCCAUCUUAGGACAGAUGACUGUGCUGGAGGGCAGUGUUGCUGUCAGAGGAAGGCUGGCCUAUGUGGCUCAGCAGGCCUGGAUCCUGAAUGCAACGCUGAGAGACAACAUCCUGUUUGGACAGGAGUACCAGGAGGACAGGUAUCAGUCCGUGCUGAGCACCUGCUGCCUCAGACCAGACCUCGCCCUGCUGCCCAGCGCCGACCUCACAGAGAUCGGGGAACGUGGUGCCAACCUGAGUGGUGGGCAGCGACAGCGAAUCAGCUUAGCCCGUGCCCUUUACAGCGACCGGGACGUUUACAUCCUGGACGACCCGCUCAGCGCCCUCGACGCCCACGUGGCCAACCACAUCUUCCACAACGCCAUCAAGAAGCAGCUUCGCCACAAGACUGUCAUCUUCGUCACUCACCAGCUGCAGUACCUGGUGGACUGUGAUGAGGUCAUCCUGAUGAGGGAGGGGAGUAUAGUGGAGCAGGGUCACCAUGACAACCUGAUGAAACUGAAUGGAGACUACACCGCCAUGUUCAACCAUUUCCAGCUGGGAGACACUCCGUACAUAGAGGCUCCCAGCAGGAAGCAUGGCGGCUCUCAGAGGAAACCAGCUGACAGUAAACCAGGCUCAGUGAAGAAGAACGCACCGGUCACCAAGGACAAUGGGGAGGAGCAGCAGUGUGGGGGAGUGGCCUGGCCUGUGUUUCAGCGCUACAUGACGGCAUGUGGUGGAUCCGCCUCCUGCCUGCUGAUCCUGGUGGUGUUCGUUUUUAAUGUGGGAAGCUCCGCCUUCUGCCAAUGGUGGCUCAGCUACUGGAUCAACCAGGGCAGUGGGAACACCACAGUUACCCAGGGAAACAACUCCGCGGUGAGUGUCAGCAUGAAGGACAAUCCCAUGAUGCAACACUACGUCGCCAUAUACGCCUCCUCCAUGGGAGUCAUGCUGCUCUUCAAACUCAUCAGAGGCAUCGCCUUCGUUAAGGGAACCCUGCGAGCCUCCUCCAAGCUGCAUGACGAGCUCUUCCACAAGAUCCUCCGCUGCCCCAUGAAGUUCUUCGACACGACGCCCACAGGACGAAUCCUCAACCGCUUCUCCAAGGACAUGGAUGAAGUCGACACCCGUCUGCCCUUCCAGGCUGAGAUGUUCAUCCAGAACGUGAUCCUGGUCUUCUUCUGUUUGGGCGUCAUCAGCUGUGUUUUCCCAUGGUUCCUAGUGGCCGUGGGUCCUCUGGUCUUACUGUUUGCGGCACUUCACAGUGUCUCCAGGGUUUUCAUCCGGGAACUGAAGCGUCUGGACAACAUGACAACGUCGCCCCUCAUGUCCCACAUCACCUCCAGCAUUCAGGGCCUGGCCACGCUGCAGGCCUACGGCAGGGGCCAGGGCUUCCUUAAAAGGUACCAGGUUCUGCUGGACCAGAACCAGGCUCCGUUCUACCUGUUCAACUGUGCGAUGCGGUGGCUGGCAGUGCGCCUGGAUGUCAUCAGUGUGGCUUUGAUCAGCCUCACCGCUCUGAUGAUGGUCCUCAUGCACGGACAGAUCCCUCCCGCCUACGCCGGCCUCGCCAUCUCCUACGCCGUGCAGUUAACAGGGUUGUUCCAGUUCACAGUCCGUUUGGCGUCUGAGACUGAAGCUCGAUUCACCUCUGUGGAGAGAAUCCAUCACUACAUCCAGUCCCUGUCCCAGGAGGCCCCAGCCCGGGUCAAAGGUCAAGCCCCCCCGGCUGACUGGCCCCAACAGGGGGAGCUGGUGUUCAGGGAGGUGGAGAUGAGGUACCAGGAGAACCUCCCAUUGGUCUUGAACAGGAUCUCCUGCACCAUCAGGCCCAAAGAGAAGGUCGGCAUUGUGGGCAGGACUGGGUCAGGGAAGUCGUCUCUGGGCGUGGUCUUGUUCAGGCUGGUGGAGCGCUCUGGAGGAUCCAUCCUGAUCGACGGCAUCGACAUCAGUGACAUCGGACUGGCUGAUCUCCGCAGUAAGCUGUCAAUCAUCCCCCAGGACCCGGUCCUGUUCAGUGGGACCGUCAGGUUUAAUCUGGACCCCUUUAACCAGUACAGUGAGGAGCAGAUCUGGGAUUCUCUGGAGAGAAGUCACAUGAAGGAGUGUGUGUCCCAGCUGCCCCUGAAGCUGGAGUCUGAGGUGGUGGAGAAUGGAGAAAACUUCUCUGUGGGAGAGAGACAGCUGCUGUGUGUCGCCAGGGCUCUGCUGAGGCAGUGCAAGGUCCUGAUCCUGGACGAGGCCACGGCGGCUAUGGAUGCUGAGACUGACGCUUUGAUCCAGGAGACCAUCAGGAGCUCGUUUCAGGACUGCACCACCCUGACCAUCGCUCACCGCCUCCACACCGUCCUCGCCUCCGACCGUAUCAUGGUGCUCAACCAGGGACAGGUGGUGGAGUUUGACGAGCCUUCCAAGCUUCUGGCCAAUGAGAACUCUCGGCUGUGUUCGAUGCUGGCUGCUGUGGAAAACAAGGUCUCUGUCCGAGGAUGAAGAGGAAGGACGGAGGGCUGAGGACUGAGGUGGGGGUUCGGGGAUACAGCAGGUCAAAGGUCAAGCAGUGACAUUAGGUCAGCUCUGUCCCACUGAUCCCGUUAAAACCAGUAUAAACCAUCAGAUGAAGAACAUUUACACAAACUAAAGGACUGAUCUGAAGGUGCUGUUUCUGUUGCUGUACUGUAUAGUUGAAACUUAAAGACAGAGCCUCUGCACAGAGUGACACUGGUGUCAGAGCUGCUCUGGUUAUAGAAUCUAGAUCUGUAUAAAGUCUAUUCUGACCUCUGUUCAGUCUUUGAUGUCUCAUCAUCAUCUCACUGACUUAGCUGUUGCUUUUUUGCAACAUUUUUUCGGUUUGUUGUGUGUUUUUGUGUGUCUUUAUGGGCUGAAUGAACCAGGUCUGUGGUUAUUAAUAUUUUUAAUGAUUAGUUUCUAGUUAUAAACAUAGUCUGAGUGACUGUGGUGACCUGGCACGCUGUGAUUGGAUGUUUGGAGAGGGUUAGAAGGUCAAAGGACCAAUCUGACAUGAUUUCCUUCUUUUGAAAAAUUCUGUGAAAUGUGAAAAGUCCAAAGCGGUUAAUUUUCUGUCGCUGAAGUAAUAAUGACUACUGUAAAUCACAUGUAAACACACGUCGCACAUGUAAGCAUCAGAUACUGAUUUUCAGUCUUCCGUGUCCGGAGACUCAGGAGAAUCAGGUCUGCAUCGUGUCCAGGGGAUCAACUCCUGUGGGUAAUGCCUAGAGAAGUACAGGGUUGCAGUGCGUGUGUGUGUGAAAGCAGCUUUUAUGCAGGAAGAACUUCAGUCUAAGUGAAGACCCCUAAACUAAGAAGUGCCGGAUAUGGGUGCACGGUCGCUGGGCUGAAAUACAUUUAGCACAGAGGCCUGAGCUUGCGGUGGAACAUGCAGGCACGUAAACAAGCCUGUAAAUAAUCAAAACCCGGAUGAAGAGUGAGAUGCUGCUGUGUGUGUAAACAACAAGGCCUCGCAGACUGAGCUUCACUUUCACCUUAGGGCCACUUCAAACUCCAGAGCCUCGUUUUUCAUUGAUUUUUAACGUGGACUGAAACCUCAGGUGUGUCCUGCAGGUGUGUUACUCUUUCUUCUUCGCUCCUGUUUUUAAAUGUGAUGAUUUCAGUCUGUAAACUGCUGUUUCUUUGUUUGAAAUGUUUUUCUUCUGACUGUAUUUUUGGUUUUUAUCAGUGCUGCUGUAAAAACUCCCUGUGAAACCCUGACGAUCUGAGAUGAUGCUUCUCUCUUUCUUUUCUUUGAAAAACCGGGAGACGUUUGUUUUUACAGCCUGGUUUCUAUUUUGGUAGAUGGACAGACUUGUCUCUGACCCGUCUGUCUGGUGUCCUAUUUGUCCUCGUAUCUCUGCAGCUUCACCACAGAGGAAGACGUCAUCGUAACUGAUGAACAGAGCUGCCAAAAUAAAAGCCUGGUUGUGAAAACAGAAUUUUCCUUGAAAGAGCUGAGUGAGGCUGAACUCUUAAAGAACCGGAGGAGGUGAAAGAUUUUUCACAUCAGCACCAUUUUAUAUCACGUCUGAUCAAACAGCCUUGUAGAAAAGUCAGUGUGCGUGUGUUUGCUGUGUUUUUCUAACAGCCUUAUAGCAUGACUUGACUGCCUUGUUAGCAGGGAAGGGGG